ACAGCUUCCUGCUGCUGAUGCUUCAGUUACAUUGAUAAUGCCAAAUCGUUUGGUCGCUCUGCCGCUGCCACCGUACACGAGGACGAAGCCACAACAACCACGACAGCAAAUUCAGCGCAGGCGAAAGCUAAUAUUUGAAUCAAUUUGAAUAAUAGCCGUAUAAACAAACCGCAGAAACACAAAAUAAUAGCCAGCGGACAGAAACGAAUUAGCCAGUCUAAUGGCCAAACGCAAUUGAAACAAAAUAGCAAAAUCAGUGGACAAACAACUGCCGGCUAAAAGUGUCAGAAUUUGUGAAAAUUAAUAUUUCACCAGAGAUUUGAGUGCUACCAAAAUUAAAACAAAAGGCAAACAGACAGCACACUGCACACCGAACAGAGAAACAGGACCAAACAAAACUUUUCGCCAAACUUUUAUUUCGUACACACACGUUUUUUUGGCCCAACGCGAUUUGUUCGCACAAAAUUAUGAAAAAUAUGUGAGAAGUGUGCAAAAUCCAAAAAACACUCGGGGAGCAAGGACCUGAGCGGCGGGCGCAAAAAGCGUAACUGAGAGCCUCUGGCAUAGGUCAAGCUCCGAGCUCCAGUGCGAGAUAUUUUUUGGACGGUCUCGGAAUCCCCGACGUGGUUCUUCGAGGACCCCGCUUCCACGUACUCCGUGAACUCCAUCCAUGUGCUAGUGUCGGUGUGUGAGUGUGUGCGUGGAAACCCGUGUAACGUGCUAAAAUAAGUUAAUUUAUUGCCGGGACAAUACUAACAACAGCAGCUCGCAGAGACAACAAUCGCCGGCAGUCAUAACAUUUACCUUGUUUCCAGCUCCCCAAAAAGCUGGAUUAGAGCUUCCGAGUAAUCCCAACUGCAGAGCCCAGAAGAAACCCGAAUUCAAUUGACAUUUAUUGGCCAAUAUAUAUUUAUAGGGCCAAAGUCGGAGCAAAGGAAAUUCGAAAGUAAAAAAGCCGAAAGGGGGCACACAAAUACAGAGAGACAACAGUAUAAACAUAUUUUCCAAUGGCGAACACCACUAAACAAGAGCCGCCCAUCCGCAACAUACAAAUGGCCAAGUGCAUGAGGCGGAGGGGAAAAGAAAUGGCCACAGCACCAUCACUUGGACCACAAACUGGGCGUGGCCGCUUCUGCUGGCUGGCCAUGAUACUGCUGCUCAUGGUGGUGCCUGAUUUUAUUGUGGCACUUAAGGAUGUUUCGGUAAUGAUUCCCCAGGCGGUGAAACGUGGCAGCAACGCUCUGUUCACGUGUAAUUACGAUAUGGAGAAUGAUACUCUAUACUCGGUGAAAUGGUAUAAGGGCAAGCGUGAAUUUUAUCGCUACACGCCCAAGGAGAAUCCGGCAAUGAAGGUCUUCGCCAUGACGAGUGGUCUCAACGUUGAGCGAAACCUUUCAAAUCAGAGCCACGUCGUGCUGCAGUCGGUCCCGUUGAAUAUUUCGGGUAAAUUUACAUGCGAAAUUUCCGUGGAGGCCCCAACAUUCCAAACAGCCAUGGUGUCCGGCGAAAUGGAGGUUGUUGAGCUACCGGAAGAGCACGCCGUGGUUACCGGGAUUCAGGCACGUUAUCGCAUUGGCGAUUUGGUCGACGGCAAUUGCUCAAUUAAAUACUCCAAACCGGCUGCUAAUUUGACAUGGACUAUUAAUGGUAUUGUGGUGCCACCGCACCACAUCAAGACGUAUCAAACCGAGAGGCGGGAGAACAGCACCCUGGAAUCGGUCACAAGUGCCAUACAUUUCAUGGUCACCAAUCAACAUUUUCUCAAGGGUCAGAUGAGGCUCAAGUGCACGGCCAAUAUCUUUGACAUCUUUAAGGAGGAAAUGGAGAGCGUCAUCGAGGAGGACCGACCCAGGAUAAUGGCUUCGGGCAGAUCGUAUGACAUCAACAAUUACCCACUCGAUGAGCACACGAAUGGCGAAAGGGGCUUCGAGGAUCACAAUGAAUCAUAUUUAACCUACUAUUCAGCGGAUAAUAGUGCAUCGGGCGCCGCGACAGCUGCAAACGAAAUCUUCUGGCGUUUCUGGCCAUCACGACUCUCGGCAACACUUGGCCAAAUGACGAAGCUCCGCAUCAACAGGCAGUUAGCGGGGGCAGCUGCUUUUUUCGCCGCUUUGGUUCUGGGGCCGCUGGCCCAUCAAAUUAUCAACUGUCAAUACACAAAGCCGGCGACGGCGACGGCAACGGCAACAACAGGACUGGAAACGGGAACACGAAGGGCAAAGGUGCCACAAAAACGGCAACAACAACAGCAGCUGCAACAUCAACAAAUGCCUGGAAGCAGCAACAGGGACGAAAAGGAUGUGACAGCUUCAAAGGCGCCACCAUUCGCAUCCGCAUCCACAUCCACAUCGAGCGUCAAAUGCUUUUAUAAUUGUCAAAUGGCAAUGCCAACUGAAAAUCGCAAUCUCGUGCUGCACGAGGACGAUGAUGAUGGGGUAGCGAAUAUUGAAAGUGCAACGGCUGCAGCUCCAGCUUCUGAUAUUGCUGCUGCUGUUGCUGCUGGAGUCGCGAGUUGCAGCAUUAAGCGGCUGUCAGCAACACUUGUGGGGAGUGUGGAGGGCGUGGCCAGUUGGCUGGAUCAACGAAUAUUGAUGACUUUGAGGCGGCAGCCGAUGGAUGCGACGCAGACGCGCUGGAGCGCGUGCUGAUGCCGAAUUGAUGAUGAAAUCCAUUUCCGAAAGUAGCUUAAGGUGCUCGCCACGGCCCUUACACUGUGUGAAAAGUUGAAUGGUUUAAUUAAUAUAUAUGCGAGUAUUGAUUGAAUUCGCCAGAUGCAUAAUUUGACCUGGCAGUAGCUCUUAAGCGUUAUUCAUAAGGUCAGGGAUAUACGAAACCGUGGUAUAUUUAAUUAUUAAAUUAUGGCCAGCGAGGCCUGCUUAAUAACAGGAAACACGUACAUGUUAUGUUACAAAAUUAAUACCUAGAUGGUGAAACCAGUUAAAAGUAUAACUACCCUGUAGGGAGCAAUCACAAGUGGUUUGGUUUAUUGAGUUUUGAGAUGUUAUGUUAUAUAAAACUUCUGGGCUCUAGUUUAAAAAUAAAGACGAGUUAAGUGACCGUGUGACAUUAAGUGGUAAUAUUUUUAUACAAAAUAUAGUGGUACAAGCAGAUUAAUUGCGAUUUCUCUAUGUCUAUCAGACUUAAGCAUACAGUUUCUGGCAACUAUGCCAUAUUUGUACUCUUUGCACACGUCUACUUGAACAUUUGCAAGACGAAAAUUCUCCUUUUUCCGCGGCUUGUCCGCUUGAUCAGCAAGCUGCUUAUCAUCUAUUGCUUCAAAAGUAAAAAAUAAAUUAUUUGAGCAAAACAAAACAUAAAGAAACCCAAAUCCAUAAUCUCUGAACAAAUUGUACAGUUCCUUUGUGAGUGCGCCUACAGGGUAACGAGUAUGUAAUAACCCACACGCUAAAUAAACACAUACCGUAUUCCAUGUAUCUCGUAAGUGUAACGAAUUGCACUACCCCUUAUGGUGCCCAGGAAGCUCUUAGCCUACCAAAGCAAAGAAAACCAUCGAAAUGGAUACCGAAGGGCAUCCGAAAUAUAUUCGCAGUGUACAGCAAGCUGAACUUUAGACUGCACUUGAGCUUAGCUUUCGGGUACCGUAGUGCAUUUUAAAGUGGGCUUUGGUUAACAUAAGCUGGGUGACAGCACUACCCAAAAACACGCAGAGUUGCAAAUAAUAAGUACUCAAAUAAAUAAAACUAGUCUAGUGCCAAGAAAACGUGUAUAUAGAAUAUAGAACCUUAAUGGAAAGACAUAUAUAUCCUCUGUACAGAAAGGAACUUUUUACGGUUGUGGUAAUACAAAGCAAAAUUAAAAAUUGAAAUAGUUAAUCGAUUGUAGAAAGCCUGGAAUUCAUAGAACAAUGGAAAAAAUAAAUAAAACCUAAUUUUUACUGUAACUCAAACGAAACAAACAAUUAUUUGAACAUUUUUGGCCAUCAAAAAUCCAGCGGUAAAUAGUUCCUUUGUCUAUAUAAUUAAUGAACGUUAAGUAAUUGGUAAUCCAAUAGAGAAGGGAGAACCCUAAUCGUAAUCUGUUAACAAAAGGUACUGUUUAUUUACAUGAUUAAAAAAAAAAUUGUCAGCCGUUGCCAUAAUAGAGCGAUAAACUGUAGAUGCUCGAACUAGAAAAGUUCUUAAGAAAAAUUGAACUCAAAUAAAUUUUGUAAAUUUGUAUAGUAAAUAUAUUGAAUAUAUUUGGAAAAUAUUUGUUUGUAUUUAGGAAGAAAGCUACUCAGUAAUGUCACUUAUUGUGUAUUUAUAGUUUAUCGCUUUAUAAUGGUUACUGAGUAAAAAAUAUUAUAACGUGUAAAUAUAAUCCAAUGUGUAAGAGCAUAUUAAAGAUAUUCUAUAAAUACGAAUGUAAAUGUUUAAAAGUUUUAAUAUUGUGUAAUCAAAAUAAAAGUAAUGUGCAUGCGCCUAGAGUUCUCAAAUCAAAUCGUGUUGUGAAAAUCGUCUUCCCUUAUUUGUGUUGUUUCAAAAUAUUAAAAAUAGUUAGUUGUUUCAUACUAAUUAUUCGAACUAUUACAGUAUCAUUUUUUUCCAUUUAAUCAGACAGAGGCAAGGAGAACUUGAGUUUCAUUUCGAUGUUAUUAUCUAAGAUGAUUAAACAAUAAAGAAUAAAGCUGAAAAAUGCUUUGUGCUAACCCAGAACUUAAUCUAAAGCAAAUGCAUUUGCACAAAUUAUAAAAUAUUCAUAUCCCCCAUAAAUAGUCAAAAUGUGUAAAGCUAAAAAAUGUGUAAAGCUAAACUCAAAGUAGAUCUAAGAAAAACCAACAGUGGUGUAAAAUGCAUAACAUACAUACAUAUAAUAAAAAAAACCAUUUACCACUAUAAUGCAUAGAUAUAACAGAAUGGUAAUAACAACAUUAAUGAAUAUUUAUGUAAGAUGUGAAUGAAAAUGAAAAUCAAAGGAAGGCAUAUAAUAUUAGUGUGUACCAUAACCGUAAGCAGGCAAACUUCACAUAAAUAAACGAAAAUAAAUAUUCAAAA